AUGUUCAUGAAAGCUGCCCUCUUCGCUGUCGCCCUUGCGGCCCCUGCUUUGGCCUACGAGCCAGUUACCUGCCAAAAGAAUGCCACCCAGAAUAUCGUCACCAUGAUCAAGGAUGCCACCCAGUUCUGCACCAUGUUGACCGGUUACGGUGUUACCCCCGUGGCCCCCAACGAGGGUUGUGCCUCCGUCUACUGCUACGGACCCGCCUCGGACCUCGGACCCCCCAUGCCCAAGGGUUACAUCCUCAGCACCAACUACCUCCAGACCGCCAACUACACCCAAGUCACCGGGUGCAUUGACUCCUCUGUCUGGGGCCAGAACCCCACGGACGAGGGUGGUCAGAUGGACUCUCACGGCUGGCCUUACUCCUGCCAGGGAUUCAAGAAGUUCGUCUCGUUGAUCGAGCCAGCGACCAACACCUUCUGUCUCCGUUGCUGUAACGCUGACAACAACGUCGACUGCAACACCAGUAUCUCCACCAAGGGCUGCUGGAACGUCGUUCCCGGCGCCUACACCAUGCCCGACGGUACUGCUUGCAAGCCCCCAGUUGGUUCUCCCAACAGCACUGUGCCUACCACCGUUUCCGGCACCGUCUCUGGCACCGUUGCUCCCCUCCCCACCGGUACCACCAGUGCUGGCUCCGGCACUGGUUCUGGCACUGGCUCUGGCACUGGCUCUGGCACUGGCUCUGGCACUGGCUCUGGCUCUGGUACUCCCUCCUCUGGCUCGAAUUCUCCCACCACUUCCGGCUCCAACACCGGCAACAAGGCCAGCGCAGGCUCGCGUUUCUCGUCCUCGGUCGAGGUCAUGGGCGCUGUUGCUGCCUUGGCCCUCGCCGUUGCCGCCAGCUUCUAA